AUGGAGUCAGGAGGUGGUCAAGACCGGUGGCAAUGGGUGCCAAUCUGGGAUGGACGCCCGGAAUCCUUUCAGCAUUUUAUCUAUGAGGUGAAGUGGACAUUAACAUCAUCCAGGGCUGAAGAUAAAGCCUUGUUAGCAGCGAAGAUCAUUAGGAAAGCUUUGCAGUCAGGUCAACCCACACUUGUGCAACUGAUGUACAAAUUGGACCCUGAAGACUUCAGGUCAGAAUCAGAUGUUCAGAAGCUCAUCACCUUUUUAGAGCAGAGCCCUUUGAAUCGCCAAGCACUGCCUGACGCAGGGGCAAAGAUUGGUGGGUACUAUCGUAGGCUGCAGAAACGCAGCAGUGAAACAGUCCCGGCAUUCCUUAUCCGUGAGGAUAAGGUGCAUGAUGAGAUGAUUCGUGCCCUCCAGCGUCUUCUGAGGCAGAAAGAGCUGAGCUUUGACGGCUAUGAGGUCACAUUGGACGAACUCAAGGACUUCUGCGGGUUUAAGCCAGGUGCCUCGUUAUGGUAUGGCGCAGAUGAUGAGCCAGCUUCUCCGGCGGAUGACGCCGAGGAGGGUUCGCGUGGAACUAGGUCAAGUAGGACAGCAGCCCCUACGGCUGCAGGACGUCCUCUCACUGACCGUGGAUCUCAGCCCAGAUCACCUACUUCCAGCAGUACCACUAGGGGCACCCCAUCUAAAGGAAAGGACCUGAUAGAUCGUCUCAUGAGUAAAGGACUUCUCCCACUUGCCGCCCUUGACGUGAUCCGAGGAUGGCUGCUGUUGGAGAUGGCGGUCGCCACCGAGGACGACCGGCGCUUGAUUAGGGCGGCAACUCAAGGAAAACUUGGAUAUUAUGAUGUUCGUAGUGCUCUCCUCUCCAUGUUUGAAGAGCGUGCGGGGAAGGGAGCAUCCUCAUCAUCUAUGUCAAGUAAAGGUCAAGGUAAACAUGGGCAUAGUCGGGUCUAUUUCCAAGAUGAGCUCUAUGGCUGGGAGGAUGAGUAUGACGGUAACUAUGAGUAUGACCAGUACCAGUAUUCUUCCUAUGUUCCUACAGAUGAUGAUUGGGGUUCCCCGGAAAGUUGGAAUGAAUCAGCAUGGUGGCAUGAUGAUACCCCAUAUCCUCAAGAGACAUCAUGGGAUUCCUCUGAAACCAAUCCUAUGGAUACAUCUGAUGAUGCCUUCCAGGCAAUCCAAGAAGAAGCACAAGAAGCCGAGCGCAGCCACGCGGAGUUGCAGGCCUUGGUGGCUGACUCUGAAAGGAGCCUGGCAGAGGCUCGCCGCGCUGUGGCCGCGGCAGCAAAGGAUCGUGGCUGGAACCAGGGUCCACAGCAGAGACAGUCCAAACCUACAUCAGCAUACAUGUACAAGGGGAAAGGCAAGCACAUGCCGAAAGGAAAGGCACAUUAUUUUGAGAAUCAUGGAGGUAAGAAAGGCAAGUACAAGGGCAAAUCAUAUUCCAAGGACGGCAAAGGCUUUGGUAAGUACGGCAAAGGCAAGGAAGUUCAGGCUAUGAUGGACAGUGGAUACCACAUUCUGACACUUGACUCUGAGGAUGUCUACAACGUCGACUCCUCCGAGGGCCUCUUGGCUUCUGAGAGUGUGGUGGACACUGGCGCCACUGCUACUGCUGGGGGCAGAUGGGCUGUGCAGCAGCUUUGCCAGGCCAUUAUGAGUGCACGACCAGGUAAGAGCUUGAUCAACGGAAGAACCACCACUCUGAGAAUGUCUAGCAAGAAACACCUCAUCAUGGACUAUUUGAAGGAUGUGUUCCCUGAGAACCCCAAUGCUGAGCACCCAAAGAAUCAACAUGACACCACCGGCAGCCGAACCGCCAGGUCAACCGGCAAUCGCAACUUCCGAAUCCACGGAAGCUUAGAUGACCACGAGGAGGAAUGGAAGAAGGAAAUGAAGAAGUUAGUAAAGGAGGCGGUGAGCGAAGAGUUGAAAAGUUCUCAGCCGUCCACCGGCUAUCCCAAAAAUCCCAAGAAAAAGACAUCGUUCGACCAGACCAGAGCCAUCGGACCCAACCCGAUGGAUCCCAGGAGCAACGAUCAGACUUGGCCAUGUUUCGGCCAGCAUCAACCAUCCCGAUUCAACAACAAUCGGUAUGCGCAGUGGCAGGAAUGCCAGGCGUGUGGUCUUCGUUUGAUGUACGUCCCAGAGAUCAAUGCCAAAGGGCAAUCAGCCCACAUGGACCUGCCGCAGAAUGUUCAGGAGGCGCUCCAUCGCCUCAGGGGAGAUGGCUGGGACCCAAAGGAGCUGACUACGAAAGUGGUGAAAUCAGCAAUCCGAAUCGUGGCCGAAGAGAAGAGUUUGAAGAAGGAGAAGGGCACCUCAAGUGCCAAGCCCAGCCAGGAGACAGCCUCGAAGGCCAAGCAGAAGACGACCCCGGAGCAGAAAGCCGAGGGCCAGGAACAGGAGAAGAAGAAGGCGAAUGGAGGCUCACAACCAGUGAGCCCACGACAACACCACGAUGAGGGCUGGGAUGCUUGUCUUCGCUUGCUGGAACCUCACGAGAAGAAGAUGCUACAGAAAGCGUCUGAUGAAUUCAAUCUGGGAGCCAUGCUGAGCUCUCUGCAGGACUGUGUGCAGCCACACCUUGUUUGGGAAAUCUGCUGUAGGCAAGAUUCCACUCUCACUCAAGCCUGCCAAAAGGUAGGGAUCCAAGCUGAACGCAAAACUUUGGAGAACGGCUAUGACAUUUUGUCGCCGUCCACAGCAAACAAGCUGAAGCAUGAGUUUGAUCGCAACCGACCCCAUCGACUUUGGUGGAGUUUGAAAUGUGGAGAAUGGUACUCCACACCAAAGGUCAACCAGAGAAGCGAAACUCAAAGACUGAACUUCAGAAAGCGCCGAAUGAAAGCACGCAGAGGUGUGCGACAUGCGCUUGGCGUCAUCGAGUAUGCCUUGGACAAAGACCCCAGCACGAAGUUCUACUGGGAAUGGCCCAAGUCAGCCUUUGCAGGCUGGCAUCUCUUUGAAAUCAGGGCAUUCCUGGCAAGGUUGAGAACAAAAGGAAUCAAGAUCCACUGGACAGAGAUCGAUGGUUGUCACUUUGAUACAAGCCCACCACACGGGGGGCCAAACCACAACGCCUGGUGGGUGAUGAGCAAUGAUGCUGACUUUGAUGCCAAAUGUACUUUUCAGUGCGACAGAACCCAUGAACAUUGCACUGGAGAAACAGCUGGCAUGGAAACACGCGCUGUCAGAGCGACAGGUUUCUACCCACCAGCCAUGUGCCUUGCAAUUGCGAAGGUAUGGAACUCUCAAUGGCAGCAAGCCCUGAGAAAGAUGAAGGAAAGUGACAUCAUCGAGAGCAUGCACAUCCUUGAGUCUGAGGCCGUGUUUGCGGGCCAAACUCCCCACCAAGACGACAUCAGUAAGGAGAAAAAGGAGAAGGCAGAAGCUUUAUUACAUCGCCUGCACAAGGCAGCCGGACAUCCAACAAAUGCUGCUCUGGCCAGAAUGCUUCGCGACAGGAACUCCCCGAAGUGGAUGGUGGACAUGGCGAAGGAACUGAAGUGCCAAGCAUGCAUAGACAUCCAGCGAGGCGAGCAGCUCAUCGUCCCGUAUUCUCUUGGUGCCAAGCCGGCGCCGUGGCAGAUCGUGGCCGCAGACACUUUUGAGCUGACGUUCCCACUGCUUCGAAAGAAGGUCCGUUUCCUCUUGAUGUCAUGCGUGACAAUGCGCUUUGUGUCAGUCAUCCAACUCUGGGAAGGUCCAGUCGGGGAGGCUGGCACGGACUCUGGAAAAAGACUUGCAGAAGCACUUGUUGAAGGUUGGCUACUUCACCGACCAAAACCACAAUGGGUGAUUGUUGACCCUCAGACGAGCCUGGCUACUGGCGAUUUUGUCAGUUUCCUUCAAGGAGCAGGAAUCGGUGUGUCAGUGACUCCUGGAGAAGCACAUUGGCAGAACGGGCUGAUUGAAUCCCUCAUUCGGGUGAUCAAAACAACCAUGCGCAAAAUCCGUGGGGAGCAGCCCCUGCUUGAUCCUCGAGCCGUGGCGCAACUUGCGGUCCAUUCGCACAACCAACACUCCCGUGUCAAGGGGUACAGUCCCAUGCAGUGGGCAUACGGCACUGAUUUCAAACAAGACUCUUUGGAGGUUGAGCCAGAGGAGUACAACGCAGCCACCCACAGAAUUCCCAGAAAAUUUUGGGACAUACAGAAGAACCGUGAACUUGCAGAAAGGCAUUGGAGAGAAGCACAAGCGCAAGAAGCCAUGACGCGACUGCGCAACGCAUCUCCCAGAUCAGUGAAUCCGGAGCCUCGAUAUGUAGGUCCAGGUCGUGUGGUCUUCACAGAGCCGGCAAUCCUUCAAGAGAACAAAGGGCAAGUGAUUUGGGUCCUGAUGGGCACACAAGUCUGGCGAUGCGCACCAGAGCAACUGCGCCGGGCAUCGCCGCAGGAGAUCACAUUGGAGGAGGUCACCAAUGGCAGAAGAUAUUCCGCACCAAUCACCGAGCUCGUGAAGCAGAGCACCAAAGUGAUUGAUGUCUUGAAGGAGCCAGGUUUUCCUUUCCAAGAAGAACAUCUGCCGGAGCAUCCUCUACCAGGACCUCAGCCUGGCCCAUCAGAACAAGAUGGAAGAAGCCAACUGCCAGAUGAAUGGAUGAAAGAUGUCACAGACCGCAAAGACCGAUGGACAAAGAGGCAGCUUCAAAAGGGAAUGCAAGAUGAAAAGCAGGAAACGGUGCAAGAGCGCACCCUUCGCUGGCGCCAAUUGGUCAGUCUGAAUGAGAACAGGAGACGAGAAGGUUUGCCGCCAGUCACCAGUCUUCCACCUCUUGCACCAGACAUCAAAGAACAAGCUCAGACCCAGUUCUUUGCGCUGGCCGGUGAGGCUGACGCACCCAUCACCAUGGAAACCUAUAGCGCAGUGGUCGAGAAGAUCACACAACUGGAAAGAGAGCUGAAGUUCCUUGACGAGAGACAGCAACUGUUGGAAGCCAUAGAAGCAGAAAGUAGAGAGGAGAACAAGUUGAAGAACCUCUUUCUGAAGGCAUGUGAUAACAGAGAGGAGGUAUGCGAGAUCUUUUUUGAGAUAGAAGAUUGGCGAGAAUUCUGCCGCGGUGGAGCUGUUUACACAAAGCAAGCAAUAGCCAGCACUAAGGAAGUCAAUUUCAAGAACCUCUCACCACAGCACAAGAAAUUGAUGGAGGAAGCAAUGGCCCGCGAAUUGAAUGAGGUCAUCAGAUCACAAGCCUUAAGAGCCUUGAAGGAGAGGGUUCCAGAAGAAGUUCUGACACAAAGAUGUAUCCCGAUGAGAUGGAUACUCACUUGGAAACCGUUAGAUGAGUUUCAAGACCCCGAAAGAGAGCCGCAGCCAGGAAUUAUCCGUGAAGACGGAUUUGCCAAGGCAAAAGCCAGGAUAGUUUUAAUCGGGUACAAGCAUCCCGAUUUAGCAAAAAGAGACCCAAGAACUGGAAAGCCACUCCUGCAAACCUCUUCACCUACUCUGAGUCGCUUGGGGCGAAAUCUCCUACUCCAGUCAGCAGCACUAGAUGGACAUAUUCUUGAAUGCGCCGAUGCUAAGAGUGCGUUUCUCCAGACAGAUGAAGGCAUAGGCACUAAAGAUUUGUUCACUAGAGGAGUAGAAGAAGUCAGAAUUGCACUUGGCCUCAGUAAAGGGGAAGCAAUGCAAGUAGUAGGAGCAGUUUAUGGACUCACCAAUGCACCUAGAAUCUUCUGGCGAGACGCAGAUAGCAAGCUACAAGCGUUGGGUUUCACACCGCAUGCAAUUGACAAGUGCGUUUGGCUUUACAAAAACAGCGAAGGUCAAGUCAUUGGCCGAAUUGGGGCUCAUGUUGAUGAUUUCCUCAUCAUGGGCGACCACACCAGUACCGAGUGGUUGAAUGUGAGAGCCAAAAUCUUUGACAUGUACCAGUGGUCUCCGUGGAAGCGGGGUUCAUUUACUUUUGCAGGUGUCCAAUUGCAUCAGCUUCAAGAUUACACCAUCGUGAUGUCACAAGAGCAGUUUUGCAACCAACUACAGCCUGUAAAGAUCGAAAAUGAACGUUCCCGAGCUAAGGAUGAUGCUCUCACUCCAAAGGAGCUUAGCCAGACUCGUGGCUUGGUUAUGCAAGCACAGUGGCGUGCCAUCCAGACUGCACCUCAGUAUUGCUGUAGAAUAGGACGCGAGUCUCGCACGAGCAUCGUUGACUACCGAUCCUUCAAGCUGGACCGACCUUCGCGUGGUUCUAAUGGAGCUGAAGGGCAAGCGAUUUUUGAAUGCGAGGAAGCAGCAGAAACUUAG